CGCAACGGUAGGGCGUUGCGAGAGACUAGGAAACACAGGCUACUAUCAAAGACUAGAUUGCACUGGGCGACCUGGACCAGGACCCACGAACGCGACAGCGGAUGACGACUCUACGAAUCUGACUUCACUUUUGACAGGUGACAACACUACGAAUGGAACUGCGAAUGGGACGAACGACACCACAACGACAGACUCAGGGCCUCUCGCAACUAGUACGACCACAACAACGACAACCUUGCCAACAAGUCGUACUGUUUUCAACUACUACGACUACGACGAUCGUUUCCUCUACCACGAUGGCUACUGCAUCUCCC